CCCCACCCUCGCUCGCAGUCCCGGCCUAGCAGGGCUGUUGGGAGCUGACACGGGAAGCGCCUGGUGGAGCCUUCAGGCGGCGUUUCUUCUGAGCCCUCCCACCCGAGGACCCAAACUCAGGACAAAACUCCAGCCAGGCAGGCAGGCAGCCAGCCAGCCCACCCUUCCUGCCGAGCGCCCGCCGCCCUCCUGCCUGCUGGCGUCUCCCGCGGCGGACUUCCGCUUGGAAGCUCCUCGGGGCGCCAGGAGCUGCAGCAGCAGCAAGCAAGCAAGCCCGCAGGAGGCGGCGGCUGCUGCCGCCUCGAAGCCCAGCCAGCCCGAGACCGCGAGCAGGACGCCGCGCCUCCCGCGCAAGCCGCUGCCCAGCGUGGCUCUGGCCCCGCAGCGAGCGAGAGCCAGCAGCGCCCACGAGAGGAGCAGCAGGACGCGGCGGCGGCGGCGGCGCUCCCUCCUUCCCGGAGAGCCGAGCCCUGCGCGGGCGUCCCGUGUUCCUCCGGCCCGGGGCGGGGGCUGCCCGGAAGGAGCGUCCACUCGGAGCCCCGCCCCGUCCAGGAGGGAUGCAGAAGCCGCAGCAGCUCCAGGGUCGGGGGGCCGCCUUGGGUCACAAAGAAAGGAAAGUGGGUGGACAUCACCAACCUGCCCACCAUUGUGACCAUGGGCGUCACCUCCUCGGACCCCUGCCUCCCGCUGCCCAACGUGCUGCUGAUGGCCAGGCACAGGAUGCUGGCCAAGGACCUGCUCUGGGACGACGAGGACGAGUUUUCCAAGUGCCCCACCAUAGACCUGACCAGGCUUCUGCCCCUCCGCUACAUCCGGCUCUCCGUCCACAACCCUGCCCAGCGCAUUCUGCGGCUGCAGACGGUGACACGGAAGGUGUAUUACCUGCAGCUGCACCAGGAGCACCCCAACGCGGUCUUUGCCCUGUGGGGCCGCCUGGCCACCAUCCUGCAGAAGGGCCUCUCCAUCACCACCAAGGACCCCAACAUCCACAUCCGCCACAGCCUGGUGUCCAGCGGCAGCAGCCCUUCCAGUAGCUCCUCUGCGGAGCUGUACGACAUGGGAUCGCAGAGCCCCAGUGUGAUGGGGAGCGUGGGGCGGAAGAUGACGGGCGUCUUCUCCCAGCUUUCAGGAAAGCCUUCGAGCAGAAAAGAGAGCCAAAGAAAAGUGUCCUUUCAGGGACUUCCAAGCGAGAACCAAGAAGAUGCCCAAGUCCAAGGAGACGUUUCUCCUGUCUCCAAUGACCUCGAAGUCCUCUACUAUGACCUGCCGCCCCGCGGGGUGUGCGCGGCGCAGUGCAAAGCGCGGCUGCUGCCAGGGACGCCCUCCAGCGGCAGCGAAGAGUACGGCUCCAUCCGCUCGGACCUGGACCUCCUGCCUUGCCUGGACGGCACCAGCCACGGCCUGUGGCAGCAAGAGACCCCGUCGUGGCAGCAGCCUCUGUGCCGGCUCAGCAGCCUGGUGGCAGCCGCCGAGUCCUGGAAGUAGCAGCCCCCGCCGCCCGAAGGAGGAGGACGGGGGCGCGCCCGGCGCGGCGGAGGCGAGAGCCGCGGGCAGCCCGAGAGCAGUCAACCGCUACCGGGGGGGGGGGGGGGGGCGCCUCCUGGCUUGUCAGUGCCUCUCUCUGGAAGGGGCUGUCGAGCUGCUGCUGCCGCCGCCUCCUCUCGCUGGCGUGGCUGGGCAGGAGGAAGGAGCGGGGGGGGGGCAGUCCCUCUCCCGGCGGCCCUGCCAGCCUCUCUGCGGUCUUGAUCUCGUCCGGUGGGGCGAGGCGUGGGGAAUCUCCCGCCAGCACUACUUGAGGGGGCGCGUGGCCUUGCGGAGGGGGGUCCUGCUCUGGGGAGCCCCCACCACACUCGUCUAGUGUUUGGGGCCAAGGAGUGGGGCUGGCGUGGGGGGAGUCAGCCUGGCCAACCCCAUAGGCCGCCUCGAGGGCGCAACAAGGCUCCAGCUGCCACCACCCCCCCCCCGCGCCCCGCCAGGUCUCG